AUGCAGUUAUAUCAUCAUCCAUUUGAUUUGGACAGCCAGAAGGUGAGACUUGCAUUAGAAGAAAAGGGCAUUGAUUAUACAUCUUUCCAUGCCAAUCCUGUAACUGGCAAGAACUUGGAUUCGACACUCUUUCAGAUGAAUCCCAGCGGAAGCCUACCUGUUUUCCAAAACGGAUCUCACAUCAUUUACAAGACUAUUGAUAUCAUUCAGUACAUCGAAAGAAUUGCUGUGGUUUCCGCAGGGUCUGAGGAUAUCAGUAGCAAUAGGAAGGAAGUGAUUGAAUGGAUGCAGAAGAUACAAGAAUGGAAUCCUAAAUAUUUUUCCCUUUCUCAUAUACCAGAGAAACACCUAGUUUAUGUUUCCAAGUUCAUAAGACGUGUUGUGAUAGCUCGUAUGUCGGAGUCCCCUGAAUUAGCAGGUGCUUAUCAUAGGAAGUUAAGAGAAGCCUAUCAAACCGAUGAAAAAUUGAAGGACCCUGAUGUUUUGAGAAGGAGCGAGCAGCAUUUGGUUAGACUGCUUGAUGAAGCCGAAAGACAACUGAGUGAAACACCUUACUUGGCAGGUGAAGAGUUUACCAUGGCCGAUGUGAUGCUCAUUCCAGUUCUGGCUCGUUUAAAACUCUUGGAUUUAGAGAAUGAGUACAUAACUGGGAGGCCAAACAUUGCUGAGUAUUGGGUUUUGGUUCAGCAGAGGCCUAGUUAUAAAAAGGUGAUUGGUAAGCAUUUUGAUGGUUGGAGAAAGCACAAAACAUUGUUCAAAACUUGGUGCUUUGUUCGAAUUAGAAGUUUGCUUAAGCGGUACUAG